AUUACAACAACCUCAUUUUGCCUGAACAAGAAGAAAUGAAAGAGAAUACAGCCAUGAUAGUAUUUUAUAGGCUUCUGCUGGUAUUUCAUAAUAAGGUCAUUUAGCCAUGCACCCACCCAGUGAAAUGGAGCAAAGUACAACUUCUGCAUUGCUUCCUCCUUGCUUCACAGCUUAAAUGUUGAAACUUAAGUCAAUUUGCACAUUAUCUUAUCAUUUAAAUGAAGGCAUCUGAGAACCUGCAAUAAUUCUGUCUCACAGGUUUAUCAGGAAAGGAGCCCAAGAGAGAAGCAGAAUUCAGCUGUGGUGGAACCUCCGAGCUCAAAGGGGCGUGUUUUCCAGCUCUCCAGCCUGCGGUAGGACUUCAGCUGUGACCCACAGGAGGACUCCGGAGGGAAGUUACUAGAGGCCUUCCCGGUGCCUAGCCAGAGUUAGCCGUGAUGAAGAUAUCUAUAUGCAUUUACCACUUCCUUGUUCUGAGCUGGUAUAUCUUCCUCAACUGCCACGUCCCACAACUAGGAAUUGAGAAGGAGGAUUUAAAAUUCACUCUAAAAGGUGGACACAGGAAGUACUUGACGCUCCUCAAUCUGCUCUUGCAGGCCAUUUUCUUCGGGGUCGCCUGUCUGGAUGAUGUGCUGAAAAUAAUCAAAGGAAAAAAAGACAUUAAGUUCCUAACUGCCUUCAGAGACCUGCUUUUCACCACGCUGGCUUUUCCUAUAUCCACAUUUGUGUUUUCAGCAUUCUGGGGCCUUUUUCUCUACAACCGAGAUCUUAUUUACCCCAAGAUCCUUGAUGGUAUCUUGCCAAUGUGGGCGAAUCAUGCAAUGCACACCCUCAUAUUUCCCUUGUCAUUGGCUGAAGUCUUCCUCACGCCACAUCGCUAUCCUUCAAGGAAGACAGGAUUCACCAUAUUGGGUAUCAGUGGCCUGGCUUACAUCAUCAGGAUCCUGUGGCUCCACUCUGAGACAGGUCAGUGGGUGUACCCUGUGUUUGAGAAGCUCAGCCCAGUGGUGCUAAUGGCAUUCUUCUGUCUCAGCUACGUCUUUAGUGCUGGCCUCUACCUUCUUGGAGAGAAGCUCAGCCACUGGAAAUGGGGUGACAUGAUUCAGCUACAGAAGAAAAGAAAGUGAUCGCACAUCUUUUGCCAAGAACCAAGGGGGAAGACAUGAGAGCUUUUUUUUCUCAUCUUUUGAAUCUUAAUUUUCUGGUGAGGGGAUUUGAGCAACCUAUGGAGAUAGAACAGGAAGUGGUAUUUACAUUUAAUAAGAGGGCUAGAGAGGUAGCUUCAGUUAAGGACUCUUUGUGCCAUGAAAGGGUGAGUGGGUAUGUCAAAACAACUGCUGCUGCUUCAGAACUUGUAACCUUCAUCUGACCUCUGUGGAGCAUGAUCUCUAGCCAAGAUCUGUUCAACAGUCAAAGAAACUCAUGAAAAUGUGGGGUUAGUGAAUACGGACAUAGAAAGUGGGCAGUUUAGGAUCAUUCAAAUUCUUGAUUUCAUAGAGAAACAUGUUGAGGACCUAGAUGACAAGUAACUGGCAUGCAGCCAAAGGGCUAGUCAGAGCCAAAGCCAAGACAAUGGCUCUGUCUUUCAGAUCGCCUAAUUCCCAGGUCUGGGCCAUUUUUGAACAAUCCUAGACUUUCUUAAACAGUAUUUUAGUAUAAGCUAGUUAUUUUUAUGUGUUGCUCAUUUACAUUUUUUCCAUUGAUUUACAUUGUAGGAAGUUGUCAGUCUACCUGGUGUGAUAGCAAACAGGGACAAUGAGGAAAUAAGUUAUAUAAGAUAUUAGGAGAGCUGUUCAUUUUGGGAGCAAGCAUUUAAGGCAAGUAUAAAUGUUGAGCAUAGUGCCAUUAUCAAACUCACUUCCACUUGAACAUUUUUUUAUCAAAUAAAUGCACUUUUACUUGGGGAAGACA